AUGCAAACCAAUCCAUCAGGUCUUUUCACUAGAGGUGGUGCAAUCUUUGCUGCCAUUCUUUUCAACGCUUUUCUAAGUGAAGGGAACUUUUUGCUUGUCUGCGUAGAAUUUCACAAAAACAAUAUUCCUAUUCUAUGUAUAGACCAAGUGCUUUUCAUAUUUCACAGUUUCCAACUGAUAUUCCAUUGA